UAAUGCUAAAAAGGAGAUGUUCCUUAGUGUCUUGAAUAACUUGAAGACCCCAGAUGGUUACUCUUCACUCAUUGCAAGAUGUGUGAAUAUGAAACAGCGUAAGAUUUUUGGAUUAAAGAGUCAUGAUUCACAUGUGAUAAUGCAGCAGCUAUUGCCUUUGGAAAUUCGAAAGACGUUGUCAGAUAGAGUUAGUUCUGUGUUAAUUGAGUUAAGUUCAUUCUUCCAAGAACUAUUCUCCAAGAAUUCACGGCCUAAAGACUUCAAAUAAUUAGAAAAGCGCAUCACACUCAUUCUCUGUAACUUGGAGCAGAUAUUUCCUCCUGCCUUCUUUGACAUUAUGGUACACUUGCUUAUCCAUUUGCCAACAAAGGCGCGUAUUGGUGGACCUGUUCAGUAUCGAUGGAUGUACCCGAUUGAAAGGUAUUUGUACACUCUCAAGAAAUAUGUCAGGAAUAAAGCUCAUCCGGAGGGAUCCAUUGCUGAAGGAUAUUUGGCUGAUGAAUGUGUGACAUUUUUGUCGAGGUACCUCAAAGAUGUAGAGUCACGAAUAAACAGACCAGUUAGAUACGUGGAUGAUACACACAUUGGGAAUGCUGCAUGGAUUUUUCUAAGUGGCAAUCAAAAAGGAAACAGAAGGCCACUCUGGCUAUGUUACACCCUAAAAUGAAUCAACGUUAGCGCCAAGGGAAACACAAAAAUGAGUUUGUUGAUUGGUUCAGGGACCAUAUCAUGUUACUUGGUCAAGCUAAAUUACCAUUUGCAGAAGGAUUGGACGUGCUAGCUGAAGGUCCAUUCACAACUACGAGACGAUUCACCGGUUAUACUACUCGUGGUUAUAGCUUCAGAACAGUCAGUAAGGAUUCUAGAGCAAAGACACAGAACAGUGGUAUUGUAGUAGAGUCAACAGCACCUUUCUAUAGGAAUGCAGCGGAUCAGAACCCGAACAAUGAUACUGAGCUCACAUAUUAUGGACAAGUUAAAGACAUAAUUGAGCUGACUUAUAGACAAAGCCGUAAAUUUGUAUUAUUCGAGUGUGACUGGUUUGAUGUUGUUAGUGGAUCAGGCAGAGGUAAGAAGGUGUAUAACUUAGGGUUCACUCUCGUAAAUUUCAAUCAUCGCAUACCAACACAGAAAGAAGAACCUUUCGUUUUGGCCUCUCAAGUGCGGCAAGUUUUUUAUUCUCAAGAUCCUAUAGACUUGGAUUGGCACGUGGUGGUAAGGAAUAUACCCAGGGAUGUUUUUGACAUGGGUGAGGGUAAUGCUGAUGAACUACUUGACACUGAUCCAUUUGGAAGGGAUUCUGAGCAAGUCGGUAUUGAAGAUGAUGAUAUCAGCGUUGUUAGAGAUGAAGGGAGUGGGGUGUUUGUUGAUGCUCCAGCAAGGAAUGUUAAUAGUCAACAAGGUGUAUAAAACGGAAGUGUUUAUGAAAACAUUGAAGAAGAAGAAGAAGAAGAUGACGAAGAAGAAGAAGAAUACGUCGGGGACAAGGAAGAAUCAGAAGAUGAAGAGUACGUAGAUGGGGUUACAGAUAAUGAUGAUGGUGGUGAUGGUGAUAGUGAUGGUGAUA